AUGCACUUCGCCGUGCCUGCAGCGCUGAAAAAAGCAACUCGCCGCGCCUGCAGCGCGGAAGACGCACUUGGCCACGCCUCUCAGCUGGCAGUGCCGAGCCUCUCACCAGGCAGUGCCGAGCCUCUCAUGGCGCGCGAUCCGCCGCCUACCACGUGGCGCGCGAUCCGCCGCCUGGUGAUGCCGCUGCCUGGUGGGAGAGGCAACAAAAAAGGUGCGCGUAAUUACUUCAAAUAUAAGGACGACGAUGACAAGUACGGGAACAACAACGAGGACGCGGAGGAGGAGGAGGAGGAGGAGGAGGAGGAGGAGGAGGAGGAGGAGGAGGAGGAGGAGGAGGAGGAGGAGGAGGAGGAGGAGGAGGAGGAGGAGGAGGAUGCGGAGAGAGGAGCAGGAGCAGGAGCGGGAGUAGGUGCAGGAGGAGGAGCAGGAGGAGGGGAGGAGGAGGAAACAUCAGUGGGAGUACUAGCGGCAAACGGCAGCAGAGGGCGACGACAACGAGGCGGAGGAGGACAAGGAGGAGGAGGAGGAGGAGGAGGAGGAGGAGGAGGAGGAGGAGGAGGAGGAGGAGGAGGAGGAGGAGGAGGAGGAGGAGGAGGAGGAGGAGGAAGACGACGAGGACCAGGACGAAGAGCAGGAGCAGGAGCAGGGCAGGAGGAGGAGGAGGAGGAGGAGGAGGAGGAGGAGGAGGAGGAGGAGGAGGAGGAGGAGGAGGAGGAGGAGGAGGAGGAGGAGGAGGAGGACAAGGAGCAGGAGGAGGAGGAGGAGGAGGAGGAGGAGGAGGAGGAGGAGGAGGAGGAGGAGGAGGAGGAGGAGGAGGACAAGGAGGAGGACGAGGAGGAGGAGGAGGGCGACGAGAAAGAAGACGACAACGAUGAGGUGGAGGAAGACGAGGAGGAGGAGGAGAACGAGGAGGAGGAGGAAGACGAGGAGGAGGAGGAGGAGGAGGAGGAGGAGGAGGAGGAGGAGGAGGAGGAGGAGGAGGAGGAGGAGGAGGAGGAGGAGGAGGAGGAGGAGAACGAGGAGGACGAGGAGGAGGAGGAGAAGGAGGAGUAG